AUGUUCCCGGACGAGUUAAAGGGCCUUACGCCAGUUGAGGAGAAGCUCAUUGCGCUAAACUUGUGUUAUGGGUUCAUUACCAAGUACAGCCUGCCAGAGGGGCGUAGACAGAGCGCGAGAUAUCCGAAGCACGUUAAGGGGCACAUCACAGUAUUCCCCAACAACAUACAGGACCUCGUCAGCAAUGUUCUCCCCCACCCGCUGGUAAAGGUGAUGGGUGAGAUCCACGUCUUUUGGCAGGGGCCCGAGAAACCGGCACCGGGUGACCUAUCGGCAAUCCUGUCGGUGAGGCGCCGUGUCGUUGAAAGAGCGCUGGUGUGGCUGAAAAGGAAUAACCCGCUGUACGCGAAGAUCCACAUCGACACGGCCGAGAUGGACACCUGGGAAGCGCCGCCGCACGGUGUGCCCUUUCAAAUCUACGCGCGUCUGGAGCGGAACAAGCCGUCGGCGUGGGAAAAGGCACGAACGGGACAGGUCGUGCCACCUACGGAGCGCGGCCUAGAAGCAGGGGAACCGAGGGAUGUCCGAGAGGUUCUUGCAGCGCUAAAGCUGGGAAUCGAUAUCGGAGGCGGCGGCGAGGCGUGUGUUGGCGGGGGAGCAAACUCGAAGGGCGAAAACGGGGGCGAGGAGGCGGUGGUAAAGCCGGAACGUGCAGUGGCUGCGAUCCACGAAAUCAGUUCGUCUGGGAUGUUCGCUCUCGAUGUGGGACCGGAUGUUGCCGACGCUGAGAAGCUGCGCAUGCUCAGCGUAACGCGGCGAAAUUUCGCCGACGUGGAGCGGCUCGUGUGGUCACUAAGCCCAAAGGGACUGGAAAAGGCCAAGGCUAAGCUGGAGGCAUCGGGAAAGACGGUUGACGAGGGGGUGAAGCAGCUGCUAAGGUGUCUGUCGCUCUACGGGUUCCGCCAGCUGAUGUCCAGGGAGAGCCGGCUCAGCAUGCGGCGGAAGAUUCUGUCCCUCAUCAUCCGUUACGGCAUCCCGGCGAUCUGGUUCACACUCAGCCCGAACGACCUGACAAAUCCGGUAAGAUAG